AAUUUCCCCUCAAACACCCCAAUUUUGUCCCAUCCAGUAUCCCAUAUCCCAAACACAUGAAAAUUAGAAAAACCCCUAUACAAUAAUUUUCAAAAUUUCCCCAAUUUCAAAACUUUGACAAUAAAUUUAUUCGAUUCUUUGCUGUUUUAUUCUCAAUUACUUCAUUUUUCGUUCUGGGUUUUGUUCAAAUUCUGUUCUUUUAUUGUAAUUUAUCGAAAUGGCGCUCGAGUCUUGUGUUCUGGCUCCGAAUAUGUUCGUUUCCGGGUCGAAAUCAUGGAGUCUCUUGUGUUGCAAUCGGCAAAUAAAGUUUCCGGUAAAGGUUUUGCUGCAAAAUAAUCGGUACCCGUUUCGAUUCGGGCCGAAUUGUAUCGGUAGUAGCGGUGUGAAGAGGUUCUUAGCUCCAAGGUUUGAAGGAGUUGACUUGCUGGUUAAUAGAGCUCCGUUGAAAGCUUUAGGUGAAGAUAGGGAGAGUGUGGGUGGUACGAAUGCUGUUUCGGGUUCGAAGUUUGAUUUUGUUGAGGAAUUGGUGAAGUGUGGUGUAGUUUUGGCAGCUGUGGUUUGUGGGGUUUUGAUUUAUGGCUGUAGGAGAGCUUUUGCUGUGGAGGGUGUGGUCAAUGCAGGUUAUGGGGUAAUUGGGCAGAGCAUAUUGUUGCUCAGGAAUGCCUGGCCCAAGACUUUGCAGGUACUGCAGGUGUUCAAAGAGCAGGGUUUGAUUUUGGCGGCGCUUUUGGGUCUCUCGGCGUUUUUCUCGAUGGCGGAGACUUCAAUUACGACCCUCUGGCCCUGGAAGAUUCGUGAGUUGGCUGAGAAAGAGUCUGAAAAUGGCGUCUUCAAAUUGCUUCGCAACGAUGUUACACGGUUCUUGACAACCAUACUUAUUGGCACAACUGUUGUCAAUAUUGGAGCAACUGCUUUAGUUACAGAUGCCGCAACAGCAAUAUUUGGUGAAGCUGGUGUCACUGCAGCAACGGGCAUAAUGACUGUUGCUAUUUUGCUUCUCACCGAAAUAACUCCGAAAAGUGUUGCUGUUCACAAUCCCACAGAGGUUGCAAGGUUUGUGGUUAGGCCAGUGGCGUGGCUUUCAUUGGUACUAUAUCCGGUGGGGAGAAUUGUUACAUAUCUAUCGAUGGGGAUGCUAAAAAUACUUGGGUUAAAAGGAAGAAGUGAACCGUAUGUUACUGAAGAGGAGUUAAAACUGAUGCUGCGGGGGGCAGAGUUGAGUGGGGCAAUAGAGGAGGAAGAACAGGAUAUGAUUGAAAAUGUGUUGGAGAUCAAAGAUACACAUGUUAGGGAGGUGAUGACACCUCUCGUAGACGUAGUUGCCAUCGAUGCCAGUGCAACGCUAGUUGAUUUUCACGACCUGUGGGUAACUCAUCAAUAUUCAAGGGUACCUGUAUUUGAGCAGCGUGUUGACAAUAUAGUAGGAAUAGCAUAUGCAAUGGAUCUACUGGAUUAUGUUCAGAAGGGUGAGCUACUAGAAAGUACUACUGUGGGGGAUAUGGCUCAAAAACCUGCUUACUUUGUGCCUGAUUCAAUGUCUGUUUGGAAUCUUCUUAGGGAGUUCCGCAUUCGAAAGGUUCACAUGGCCGUGGUUCUUAACGAAUACGGUGGAACUGUGGGGAUAGUAACCCUGGAAGAUGUGGUUGAGGAAAUUGUUGGUGAAAUAUUUGACGAAAAUGAUUCAAAAGAGGAGAUUCAGAAAAAAACUGGCUACGUUGUGAUGCGUGCAGAGGGGAUAUUCGAUGUAGAUGCAAACACAUCUAUUGACCAGCUCUCUGAAGAUCUAAAUGUCAAGAUGCCAGAGGGUCAUCAAUAUGAGACAGUAUCAGGUUUUAUAUGCGAGGCAUUUGGAUAUAUCCCAAGGACGGGUGAGAGCAUCAAAGUUGUUCUUGAAAAUGAAAAUGAAGAGGAGAUUGAAGAGAGCAAGUCUGAAAACCAGGAUAAAAAAGAAAAGCACCAAAUUUUUAAACUUGAGAUACUAGCAGGAAAUGCCAGAAAGGUUGGUGCUGUUCGAUUUGAAAGGAUAGAGAAUGAUCCUGCUACAUUGGAGACCAAAGAGGUGACCCGCUUGGUUCCCAAAAUCAUGAAAAGAAAGUGGAAUGGUGAUCAGGACUCGGAUGGUACAGACUACGACGAAGAUUCAUUUCAGAAGAGACCACAGAACACCAUAUCUGAUGAACAUGAAGACACUGUUGAUAAUGUCAGUAGACAUUAGUUGCAUUUCGCGCGAUUCCAUUUUUGACGGAAUCAUACAAGAGGUAAAAAUUGAGAAGAAAAUAACAAGAAGAAUCAGGAAGGAAUACUGUAAAAAGAUUCAAAUAUUUGGGUACCAAGAUUUGAAAUUUUCACAGUAACCUAUUGAACUUGAAAUGGGCAGGAUUUAUCAUUUUGAAUUCAUUGGUUGACAGAGAGGUCAUCUUUUUCCUGAUAAAAAUAGUGCAGAUUAUGUAA